AUGUUCCAGCCGAAGUUCUUGCGCAGCACCGAUGGCGAGGUCGUACUGGCAGCGAAGGGGUACAAUGCCCGUGUGAUCACGAGCUGGCUGGCAGAUGUGACGACUCUGUUGGUUCAUGAUGAGAUCUACCAGACGGAGGAGCUGAUCCUCUUGGCCCAGCUCAU